AGCUCUUCUAUUUCCCCUCCACUGCCUAUCCCAUUAUGAGGCCAGGUGAAUGCACCUACAUGCUAUUUGUUUGACUAGCUAACCAUGUUUUAAUAGGGCUUCAGUUUCAUCCGGUGUGUCUGACACCAGGUAAAGCAUGAACCAAAAAGGGACGGUACAGGAUAAGUGGGCCCAAACUGGAUGGAAAAUAGAACAGAAGUAUGCAAACAAAGUGCUGUUAGGAAACUGGGCGGAAGAAAGACUUCAGUUCACUCGAGAGCCAAAGACAGCCAACAGCACCAAUCGUGUAGACUACCGGCCCCACUGGGACUUCAAGCCAGACGACUUUGAGAGAAGAUCUGCCCUGCUGAGAGCUGAGGGACUUCCAUCCAAGCUGCUCUUUGCCCACCAUGGCCCACCAUCCUCUCAUUACUUGGUCACACAGUAUGAAGAGAGCUAUGGGCGUAAGCACAUCAAUGCUUUGCCCACUCAGCGACCCUGGCAUCGAGACAGCUUGACAUGGCAGCCUGAGAGGUCUGACCAUCCAAUUUCUGCCCUUCCAACCAACUUUGGCCCACUGCAGUCCACAAAGCACCGUUUGGAAAAGGAGCAGUCACACCUCCCAUCACUGACUGUGUACAGGUCAGCAUACCAGAGGCACCCACUUAGUGCCUUCUGCCAGAGCCGCUUUGCCAGGACUUCACGCAUACUCUCCAGCCACCUCCACACAGCCAAUCACAACAACAAAGACCUGGAUCUGAGACGGCACUCGCUGCUACAAGUCCCAGAUCAUUGUUUCAGUUUACUUCCACUAUCAGAACAGACAUAGAGACAACACUAUACCUCACAUGCUGCUUGUUAAUUUAGAAGCUCUGCUCAAGGUGGUGCUGCUUUGUGGUUCCUCUUUUUUAUUUCUUGGCUGCAUGAAAAAAAAUUAACAGAGCAGACCAUUUGGGAAAUCAAAAGGAAUUUAAAAAAUGAAACAUGAUUCUCAUAAUGUCUCUGUGAGGACUACAGUAGCUUUACUGUGUGUUGUGUGGUGAGUAGUUUCAGUUUUAUAUAUAUAUAUGAAUAUGUGUGUGUGUGUCUGUGCACUAGGAGGAGAAAGGAGGGGGACAUAAUUUAUGUCCACCCUUCCAGAGGAUAAUUAAAUGCAAAUUCUUUCUCUACCUGCACAAUUAAUAUCUGAAACUCAGAAUGGGCUGUUAGUAUUACCCUUGAUACUAUGUGGAAAAAGAGAAAAGAAAGAGAAAAAAAAUAAUAAAACAAGUGUUGAUGCCAGAACUGACCUGAGUAUUGAGGCAAACCAGAAGCCAUGAGUCAUCCAAAGCAACAUCUGAAGGGAUGUGUCUAACUCCCAUUCCAUUAGGUGUUUAAUUACAGGGAAUCAAAGUGUUUAAUUAGGAAGAAUCAAAGAUGCUUAUGUUUGAUGGUCAACCAUCUGCGUCUGCCUCCCUUUUUCCUGCCUGCCUGCUGCCUUUCAGUUCAGUUGAAGCCCUCUGUUUCACCUACUGUUAGCUAGUUAGUCACUUGACUGUGCUGCUGAUGCCUACAUGUCACAUGAUGCCUCUGUGUUGUGGGAAGUCUAGCACUCAACAUGUCUAACCCAAAACAUUGUUGUAUUUGCUUUGUGAGCCACAUGAUGGUGCUAUAGCAGCAUAUCACUCUCUGAAACCUGUCAAUGUGUCUUUGGAGCCAGUCUGUACAGUGAGAGACUUGAUUUUAAAUGAGCCAACAAUGACCGAUUUAAUAUUUGUAUAAUUCUUAUGCAUAUUUCCAUUGUUAACG